AUGGCUUCUGAGAUGGACAUCGAUCAACCUGCAUCGGAAGACCGUGCUCUGUCGCAUACAGGCAAAGAAUCACGAACGCGCGCGGGCGCAGUCGCAGUGCGGAGUAUUGAAGGAUGGAUUAUCCUCGCCACGAAUAUCCACGAAGAGGCUACAGAGGAGGAUGUUACGGAUUUAUUUGCCGAUCAUGGAGAAAUCAAAAAUUUUAACCUGAAUCUCGACCGGCGAACGGGUUACGUGAAGGGUUAUGCUCUGAUCGAGUACACGACACUACCUGAAGCCGAAUCGGCAAUCAAAGCCCUUAAUGGCACAAAGCUCCUCGACCAGACUAUCGACGUCGACUUCGCGUUCGUGCGCCCGCCGCCCUCAUCCAACAAGGCCAAGUGGUCCGGCGGCAAUGGGAAUCGCGCCCGGGGAAAUAGGGGGAGAAGCAAGAGUCGAGAGCGAAGUCGCAGCCCUGGGGCAGAAAAAGAGUAG